AUGGCACUGGUGAUUUCUUGGUCGACCAUCGUAACUCUGAGAGUCGUCUCGAGUGCAUUCCUAGGUUUAGGGCUGGUGUUGACAAUUUUUAGACUUGCCUAUCGUAUUUGGUUGAGACGGUUCUGGCUCGAGGAUGCUUGGGCAGGCGUCGCGUUUCUAUUUGGGAUAGCCACGUUAACUUCUUGCUGGACUUAUGUCGAAGCAGCGGGUGAAGAAGAAAUUAUAUCAUUCUGGGUAUACUCAUUUACUUUCCUCUCCCUCGUGUGGGCCGUCCGGCUAAGUAUCUUGUUCUCCAUCGUUCGCAUUGUGUACGAAACGCAGCACCUCCGUCGCUUGAUACUUGGUCUUGCAGGUCUCUUCCUCGGUUUGUGGGCAGGAGUUGUUGCACAAAAAGCGUGGGGUUUUGGGCACAACACCUCUUGGUAUCAAACAACUGGGAAGGUGCAUGCAUUCUUGACGCAACCCAUGGUCGCGUUUGAACUGAUGAGUGAUUGCUUAUCUGACACAAUACUGAUUGUUCUGCCACUGCGCUUACUCUGGAGUUUCAAACUGCCGAAAAGACAGAAAAGGAUGAUUUUCGCCAUAUUCUCCUCCAGCAUUGUCGUCACCAUUAUAUCCAUCUUCCGGGGGUUCUGUGAGACAGCGAAAUAUACGAGCGUUCUUGGCCCGGUGACAGACUUCGAGACAGCCUUGUCGCUUCUCAUUUGCAACCUUCUUGUCGUAGUUACUUUCCUGUACCGCAUAUUUGGUUUCGCGAGUGCGGACGACUCAGUAUCUAGCGAUGACGAUGAUUACACGACACGAACCACUACGGGUGGGGUUUUUACCAGUGUCGACUUGGGCAAUGGCGAGUCAGGAGGCGGUGAGCAGAGACAUUCGGGGAUUCAAUCUAUGUACAUUGCAAGGCGAGAAACCCGUUAA